UAUUGGUCGGCGUUGAAAGGCGGUCACGGACUAUUUCGAACUCUUGGCACUUGAGAUUUUGAUUUUCCGCACUCGAACUUCUCGAGGCGCACACGACACUCCUACAGUCGCGCUCUCUCCGCCUGCUCGCUCGUUCGCUAUUGCUCUAGUGGUGGAAGCGACUGCUUUCGCACCAGGUGCCCUUUAAAAUCCCCAAUCAUGGGUGACGACCUGGAGGCGCGGUUGAAGAGCCAUGCUCGGGCCUUUGAGGGCUUGAUGUCCCUGAUCCCCGCGAAGGAGUACUACGGGAAGGAUGCCAGCAUCACCAGCAACCAAUGGAAUGCGAAGAAGCAGACCAAAGAACAACGGCAAGCUGCGAAGAGAGCGAAGCUGGACCCCGACUCGCACAAAACCGCGAAAGACGUCAUGGACGAGAACGCACGAAAACGGAAGCGCGAGCUCGACGGUGACGACUCCUCCGACAUGGACGUGGAUAUCGAGAAGGAGAAACCUGGAGAGGGGUUGAAGAGCGCAUCAGGUGCAACAAAGAAGCAGAAAGUCGCCAAACAAGCCGACGCCGAAGGCGUCGCGGACGAAGAAGGGAACGCUGACGGCCAAGAGCAUACGAAGCAGGCUCGGACCAAGUUGACAGCAGAUGAGAAGAGGAGACGGAAGCUGGAGAAGAAGGAGAAGAGAAAGGAGAAGGCGAAGCAGAAAAACACGUCAAAAAAAGAGGGGCAGGGCGAGGUCCAUAAGGCCCAAACUGAGGCCGAAGAAUCAGACGACGAGAAAUCGGACGAAGAUCAAAACGAAGAAGAGCCAGACCACGACGAUGAUCACAUUCAAGCAUUGGACGUCAGUGGUCUUGUCGAAGAGGGUCAGUCUACAGCUACACCAACCUCUACAAAUUCCAACGCCUCCACAGCUUCCGUUAUCUCUGCAGCUUCGUCCUCAUCCUCGAUACUGCCGCCCUCCGACGAGCGAGCGCCCGAAAAGAAGGAGAAAAAGCCCCUCAAACUUGACCCGAAAAGUCAUGACACAUUCCGCGCCCGACUGACGGCAAAGCUCGAAGCUAUGCGAGCUGCAAGGAAGGCCGACGGUCCAGACGGACGGCCUGCAAGGAACCGUGCCGAGCUCAUUGAAAUGCGGCGGAGAAAGGAAGCUGAGCGAAAGGCUGCAAGGAAAGCCAGCCGGCAGCUAGCGAAAGAGGAUGAAGAGCGUCUAAAGGCAGAGGAGCAGCUCGCUCGGAUACGUGGAGGAUCGGGCUCUCCCUCAAUGUUUUCGAAGCGGUCGUCGCCAGAUCACGAGCGGAAUUUCAGUUUUGGUCGAGUGGCAUGGGACGACGGAAAGCAGCUAGAAGGGGAUCUCUCGGGCUUCCUCGAGUCAAGGAAGAAGAAAGGCCGGUCCGAUCCCAAGACAGCACUUGAGGCCGCCAAGAACAAGAAAGCGCGGCUCAAUGCGUUGGACGAAGCAAAGCGAAAGGACAUCGAAGAAAAGGACUUGUGGCUCAAUGCGAAGAAGAGAGCUCAAGGAGAGCGGGUGCACGACGAUCCCAAGCUGCUCAAGAAGAGCGUGAAGCGAAUCGAGAAAGCCAAGGCGAAGAGCAGGACAGAAUGGAAGGACCGGUUAAUCAACGUGCAGAAGGGCAAGGAGGUGAAGCAGAAGAGGCGGGAAGAGAACCUCAGAAAGCGCAAGGAGGAAAAGGGCUCGAAAGGGAAGAAAGCGAAGAAGCCCGGGAAGAAAGUAAAGCGCCCUGGUUUUGAGGGGACUUUCAAAGCACGAUGAGGAAAGCUGGGUAUAAAGGACGGGCUAGCGCAGGAGCAGACAUCCCGGGGAUUGGCGUAGCGAUCUUUUUGACAUGUGUGAUGAACCGGAAGUUGACGUCCGAUAUCACUCUAUGUUUGCAUUAGUGGAGUAUCUUGGGUAUAUGUCCGGUUAGCGAUUGCAAGUCUUCCGAAAUGCAAAAUCUACAACCCUUCAGUGUCCUUGCUGGGCGCGGGUC